GUUCUAUCACAAGUAUACGUUUUAUGGUAAAAUAAUGUUUUUCUAAAUUAUAAUAUUCGUCGGUCUUCAUAAAAAUGAAUCCAGCAUAUAAGUCUCCAUUUUGUCACGAUAAAAAAUAAUCUAUAUACGCAGAGAGAGAGAGUGAUGGAGGAGAAGACGGAGAAGGUGAAGGGUGAGGCGGUGCAGAUAAUCGAAGCGUUUGAGGUUCUGCCAAAGCUCGUGGUUUUUGAUCUCGAUUACACUCUCUGGCCUUUCUACUGUGAGUGUCGAUCGAAGCGUGAAAUGCCUUCUCUGUAUCCUCACGCUAAAGGCAUAUUGUUAGCGCUCAAAGAGAAAGGUAUCGACGUUGCAAUCGCUUCUCGCUCUCCAACCGCUGACAUAGCAACAGCUUUCCUCAACAAAUUGGGCCUCUCCUCACUCUUCGUCGCACAGGAAAUAUAUUCCAGUUGGACACAUAAAACCGAUCAUUUUCAGAGAAUUCAUUCGAGGACCGCUGUCCCCUUCAACUCCAUGCUCUUUUUCGAUGAUGAGAAUAGGAACAUCCAAUCGGUCUCUAAAAUGGGAGUAACUAGCAUUUUGGUUGGAGAUGGGGUAAAUCUUGGGUCGUUAAGGGAAGGUCUUACUCAAUUCUCUCGAAACUGGAACGCUUCACAGAAGAACAAGCAGAAAUGGCUUUCCAAGUACUCUAACAAGCCGGAUACUUCCAACCCCGCUGCAUGAUUUUUUAUAUCUCAUUGAGUUUUUUCUCUCAGGAUUUUACUCAGAACCACACAAUAUUUUGUACUAGUCGUUGCCCUUCAAAUAAAGUGAACCAAACUGGGAAUUUUAGUUGGAAAAUAUUAUACAGAUCUUAGCAUCAGCGACAUUUUGUAUAGUAUUGAAUUGCAAUUCUGUGGAUUUCAUUCAGAAACUAAUUCAUUAAUUUGUGGGUGUUGUGUAUUGUAA